UAAACGUAUUGGGCAAAGACGUGGCACACAGCGAAUAUGGGGUGGGAAGUUGGGAAAUUGUCCACUUUGGAAGAGAAAGUAAGAAAGCACACUUUUGCUAAACGGUGAGAGAUUGCAGAGCUCUGAGAUGCAGCGGGAGCUGGGUAUCCCGGUGCAUCAAUCACAAAAGGCGAGGGAAUCCCGGUGCACCGCUGCGUGCUGGCUGCUUUCAGCCCCUUCUUCCUCCAGCGAUUCUCCGAGAGUGAUGCCCACCCCAAGAAGGUGUCCAUGGAGCUGCCGGGGCUGAGGGCGGACACACUGAGGGCCUUGCUGCGGUUCAUGUACACGGCACAGAUCCAGCUGCCCCGAGACGAGACGGCUGAGGCAUUCCUGCGGGCAGCACGCGGGCUCGGUAUCCUCGGGCUCUCCGGGGGGAGCGGGACAUCCCCCGGCUCCCCCGCCCUCCAGGGAGACAGCUCGCCCCCUGCCCCCCUGGGCGGGAAUGCCCGCGGCUCCGAGACUGAGGCCAAACCCGAGGCCCCGGUGGUGUCCGCGCAGGCGCCCGGUGGGAACGCCCGUGUGUCCGAGACUGAUACCAAACCCGAGGCCCCGGUGGUGUCCGUGCAGGUGCCCGGUGGGAACGCCCAUGUAUCCAAGACUGAUACCAAACCCAAGGCCCCGGUGCUGUCCGCGCAGGUGCCCAGCGGGAACGCCCGUGUGUCCGAGACUGAUACCAAACCCGAGGCCCCGGUGGUGUCCGUGCAGGUGCCCGGUGGGAAUGACCGUGUGUCCGAGAAUAAUUCCAAACCCAAGGCCCCGCUGGUGUCCGUGCAGGUGCCCGGUGGGAACGCCCAUGUAUCCAAGACUGAUACCAAACCCAAGGCCCCGGUGGUGUCCGCACAGGCGCCCGUUGGGAACGCCCGUGUGUCUGAGAACAAUUCCAAACCCAAGGCCCCGGUGGUGUCCGCACAGGCGCCCGUUGGGAACGCCCGUGUGUCCGAGAACAAUUCCAAACCCAAGGCCACCUCCGUCACCACCACUUCCUCUUCCCCUCAACCGAGGCUGAGGGGCAAGAGGGCGUACACCCCAGCAGAGUUGCCCGCCUCGACGCUGGUCACCAGCUGGAGGAGGAUGAGGGUGGUCCGCCCUGUGACCGCCCAGUCGGCUGAGGAAGGCUCCGUCGCCGGGGAGUCUCCCUUCCCCCGGCGACAGUGGAGGCGGAGGAAGGGGCAGCCCGCUGGUGACCCCGCCCCUCCAGCGGUGCCGGUCACCGACCAACUCCCCACCCCCCCGCCCCACGUCGCCCACCCCGGCAGGUACAACCCCUCUGAACCGGACAGCCCGGAGCCGACGGAAGUCACGGCAGCGCGGCCAGGCCGAGAGGGGUGCGAGCCAGAGACGAGAGCGAGCACAGGCCUCGGGGGGGCCCUCCAGUCAUUCAGGGAGACUGUUCCCAGCUGUGCACCGACUGGGGUCUCUGACCAGGCCGGCCGGAGCCUCAGCCCAGGGGAGGGGCACCCAGCGCCGCCCGGGAAAGAAGCCCAGCAGACACGCCCAGCAGUUAGCGGCCCACCCCCCAGCAGAGUGGAGAGCUCAGGGUGGGGCUGCAGGCCCGUCUCAGAGCAGGGGCCUCCCCGUCUCGCUGGGGACAUCAGCGCGGACCGGGAGGGGGUGGGCAUUGCCGCCCGACUGGGGAAGAGGCCGAGCGGUCAGGGCGCCAGCCCGGAGAGGCCGGAGGGCAUCACCAAGGUCAAGCUGCAGAAACUGAGCCACUCCAGGGAGUGGGUGGUCAUUCCCGUGCCGGAGUGGCAGGAGACAGGCCUGCAGCCUCACACAGGGAAUCGGGGGCGAGGGAAGGGGGUGGGGGCGAGCCGGAGGGCAGGGAGAAGGAAAGCAUCAAUCAAUCUUACACAUCCCCUGACUGGCUUGGAGAAAAAUGACCAUAGGCCUGAGGGCCUGGGGGGUGACCGUAGGCUGGAGGGCCUGGAGGGUGACCAUAGGCCGGAGGAACUGGGGGGUGAACAAGGCACUGAAGGCCUAGGCCUGGGAGAUGACCAGGGCACUGGAGGCCUAGGCCUGGGAGUAGGCGAGGGCACUGGAGGCUUAGGCCUGGGAGUAGGCGAGGGCACUGGAGGUCUAGGCCUGGGAAUAGGCGAGGGCACUGGAGGCCUCGACCUGGGAGUUAGCCAGGGCUUUGGAGGCCUCGACCUGGGAGUUGACCAGGGCACUGGAGGCCUAGGCCUGGGAGAUGACCAGGGCACUAGAGGCCUAGGCCUGGGAGUUGACCAGGUCACUGGAGGCCUAGGCCUGGGAGAUGACCAGGGCACUGGAGCCCUAGGCCUGGGAGUAGGCGAGAGCACUGGAGGCCUAGGCCUGGGAGUAGGCGAGGGCACUGGAGGCCUAGGCCUGGGAGUUGGCCAGGGUGCAGGAGGCCUAGGCCUGGGAGUUGGCCAGGGCACUGGAGGCCUAGGCCUGGGAGUAGGCGAGGGCACUGGAGGCCUAGGCCUGGGAGUUGGCCAGGGCGCAGAAGGCCUAGGCCUGGGAGUUGGCCAGGGCACUGGAGGCCUAGGCCUGGGAGUUGGCCAGGGCGCAGGAGGCCUAGGCCUGGGAGUUGGCCAGGGCACUGGAGGACUAGGCCUGGGAGUAGGCAAGGGCACUGGAGGACUAGGCCUGGGAGUAGGCAAGGGCACUGGAGGCCUAGGCCUGGGAGUUGGCCAGGGCGCAGGAGGCCUAGGCCUGGGAGUUGGCCAGGGCACUGGAGGCCUAGGCCUGGGAGUUGGCCUGGACACUGGAGGCCUAGACCUGGGAGUUGGCCAGAGGCCUAGAGAAGUACGCAUUUACCAAAAGUGGGAAUUUGACCAGAGAAUGGUAGUUCACCAGACGUUGGGAGGAUUGGUACCGGAUGGUAUGCUAGGCCCGGGCGAACGUGCCCCAGUUUGUAACGCCCCCUAUGGGCCAGAACAGAGGGGGUCCACCAGGGCCACCAUGUUCCCUUGGGAGACCGGUGUCCAGGGAGUCCCCGACCGACCAGAUCAGUGUGGCCUAGCACUGCCGCAGAUCACUGAUCUAGAUGGUGCCAGCCUCUCCACCGGUGAAUGGGGUUUCGCCCGGCUAUGUGCCAGGGCUCAGGGUGGUAUCAGUGCCUCAGCUGGCCAUUGGGAAAGUGCCUGGAGGCAGUUUGCAGGUCAGCAUCGGAUGGUUGAAGAUUCCAUGGUAUCUUCCCCUUCGUCAGAGGAUGAGGAGUUGGACGUUGGUGAUAGCAGAGACGCUGAGUCAUUGCCCCUAGUUACAGUAAGGCCUGAAGCCUCCCCUCCACCCUCCCCUCCUCGGGACUAUACAGAGAUUGAUGUUGUCGGGUGAUGUUGUACACAACAAUAAAGAGCCAUUUCCUCUUGAAA